AAAUCUAUCAAAGAUAUGCUUGAUGAAGAGUGUAUUCAAUUGAUAAAGUUAUUAGAAGAAUUUCAAAUUCAGGAAGUUGAAGAUUUGUAUAAUUCAUCAUCUAAAGCACAAAUAGAAAAUUUAGAAAAGAUUCAAACUAUCAGUAAAGCAAAAACAGAAAUAGCUUAUAUUGAUUCAAAUAAUAAAGAAUUUUUCUUAACUUUCCUUAUAAAUAUAUUAGAGGCUUUACAAUAA